UACUUCUCCAGGUCUGCCUAUGUCAUGAACAUGAGGAAUUACACCUCUGUGACAGAAUUCAUCCUGCUGGGAAUUUCUAAUAGUGAAGGAUUAGAAAACAUGCUCUUUGUCCUGUUCCUGGUUUUCUAUGUCUUUGCUUUGCUGGGAAACCUGCUCAUCUUCCUCACCAUCCUUGCUUCCCCUAAACUCCACACCCCUAUGUAUUUCUUCCUGGGGAACCUGGCAGUGUUUGACAUAUUCUUCCCGUCUGUGAAUUCUCCUAAGCUGAUGGACUGCCUAGUGGGACGGAGUUGCACCAUCUUAUACCAGGGCUGUGCCUCACAGAUUUUUUUCUAUCAUACCCUAGGGUGUACUGAGUGUUUCCUGUAUACAGUGAUGGCCUAUGAUCGUUUUGUGGCUAUUUGUCACCCUAUGAGAUACACAGUCAUCAUGAACCGCAGGGUGUGUACCUUCCUCACAGUUGGCACUUGGCUGGGGGGCUUUGUUCAUGGGAGCAUCCUCACCUUUCUUAUCUUUAAGUUACCCUACUGUGGGCCCAAUGAGGUGAACAGUUUCUUCUGUGACAUUCCUGUAGUGUUGUCCCUGGCAUGUGCAGACACAUCUCUGGCACAGACUGUGAGUUUUACCAAUGUUGGCAUCGUAGCACUCACGUGUUUUCUCCUUGUUCUCACUUCAUACACUCGUAUUGUCAUCUCCAUCUUGAAAAUCCGUUCCUCAGAAGGCAGGCGCAGAGCCUUCUCCACCUGCAGUGCCCACCUGACAUCCAUUCUAUUGUUCUAUGGCCCUGUGAUUCUUGUUUAUCUCAGACCUGCUUCCAGUCCCUGGCUGGAUUCUGUUGUCCAGGUGUUUAAUAAUGUUGUCACCCCGUCCUUGAAUCCUCUGAUUUAUUCUUUGAGAAACAAGGAAGUGAAACUAGCCCUGAAAAAGGUGCUGAGUCAAGCAAUGCAACCUUUGGGCUAUAAGGAAUAG